GCUCCGCGGGGGCUAGAAGCCGGCUGUCCCUGCUCUGUGUCGCUUCCUCCCGCCGCCGUGGAGCUGGGGUCCCCUUUCGCCUGGGAGUUUUGUAGUCGCCUUGGAUCAGCGGUGACAUCCCAAAGAGCAGGCCCGGCAGCCGCCAUGGUGGCCAAGGAUUACCCCUUCUACCUCACGGUCAAGAGGGCCAACUGCAGCCUGGAGGUGUCCCCGGGCAGCGGCGCGGCCAAGGACGCCGAGGAACCUAGUAAUAAACGAGUCAAACCCCUUUCCAGAGUGACAUCACUAGCCAACCUCAUUCCACCUGUGAAGACCACACCGUUAAAGCGCUUCAGCCAAACUCUGCAGGUAACAAGGGCACAAUGGGCUUGUAAAUGUGUAGAAAGAGACAUCUUGUCCUACCCAGACUUCUGGUUUCAGAUUGACCUGAAUCAGUGCUUAUUUCAGUAAACCAGUGCAAGUGUGAAGACUGAAAGGAAGAAAAAUAUUUUCAAGUUGCAACCUAGAGUCAGUCAGAGUCAGAGCCAUUUCUCUUGGGUUUUUUUCUCACAAUCCUAUUUCCAAGGUAUGUGUUCUUCCCAGACGUGCUCUUGCAGGUUUUGUCCUCAAAUAUCUCUGGGAUCCUAAGGAAACAAGCACAUGAUGUAUGCUGCAGGGUAGCAGAACCUGGUAGCUUCAACCAAGUGUGAGACAAAAAUCCAGCCUGCCACCUGGGUUUUUAUGGCCUAUUAGCUAAGAAUGGUUUUUACUUUUUAAAGUGUUUGGGAGGAAAAAUGAGAUAUUUUUUAAUUUGUGAAAACAAUAUGAAAUUCAAACUUCCAUAGUAAAGUUUUGUUGGAACACAGCCAUGGCUGUGUUCACUUACUGUCUGUGGCUGCUUUUGAACCACAAUGACAGAGUUGAGUAGUUGUGACAGAAACCAUAUCGUUUACAAAACCGAAAAUAUUUACUAUCUGGUCCUUUACAGAAAAUGUUUGCUGACCCUUGUUUGAGGGUCUGGAAAGAUCUCGAUUCCAACUUUAGCUCUCCAUUUGAAAACUUUGUCACAUGAGUGACUUCUUAUCCUAGGUCUUGCUUUUAUUCCUUAUGGACAAAUUCGUCACAAGGUCACCAGUUCCUUUGUAGAAUCAUUGUAAAAAUUUAUCAGACAGUAGAUUCAGAGGGCCUGGUCUAGCAACCUGGCCUUUAGUUAGCCAUCAAUGAUUUUCUGAUAGUUAAGAAGUAAAUAAAUUGGCUACUAUAGUAAUUUUUUACUUAACAAGUGUUCAUAGUUGUUCUUUAAUUCCUGAU